GAAAAAACCAAGGAUGGGAGACCUGUCCGAAGAGCCCUCGACCAAAAAAAACAUAAUGCUGACUGCUGCUGAAAGGCUGGGAAUCCGAACUAGAAAUGAAUCCUGAGUUUUCUGAAUCAAGCUGCACCCCCACACAUUAACUAAGGCUCUCCGCAGAUUUCACCUGGUUGAUCCUCGGUUCCUCCGUUCCAAGUGAACUCAUUUCUGGUGGAGACUUAUCCAAAUGUCUUCUGAGAGAGACCUCCCCAGGUGGGCACCUCGGUAACCAGCCAUGGGAAACGUCUACAAGUACUACUUCAACAAGGACAUAAUCUUCCAGCACUACAACUACACUAAGGAUAAGCUGGAGAGAGAUGAGGAGUCUCCACUGACUCCCGUUGCCAUCCUCAUCAUUGUGCUCUGUUGCUUCAUUAUCCUGGAGAACCUGCUGGUGCUCAUAUCCGUCUGGAGGAACAAGAAAUUCCACUCCGCCAUGUUCAUCUUCAUUGGCAACUUGGCUUUUUCGGACCUCAUGGCUGGCUCAGCUUUCAUUGCCAACAUCGUGCUCUCGGGCCCAGCCACCUUUCGCCUCACUCCGAUACAGUGGUUCGUGCGAGAAGGCACUGCUUUUACCACCCUGGCCGCGUCAGUCUUCAGCUUGUUAGCCAUUGCGAUUGAACGGCACGUGGCUAUCACCAAGGUGAAAGUCUACAGCAGUGACAAGAACUGCAGGAUGCUGCUGCUGAUUGGGGCCUGCUGGGUCAUCUCAGCCACCAUUGGGGGGCUACCCAUCCUUGGCUGGAACUGCAUGUCGGACCUCGAGAAAUGCUCCACUGUUCUGCCCCUUUAUUCUAAAAGCUACAUUGUCUUUGUGGUUACCAUUUUCACUGUCAUCCUCUUCUCCAUAGUGGUCCUCUACGUCCGGAUCUACCGCAUUGUCCGCUGCAGCCACGCUGAGAAAGCCAGCUCCCAGACAAUGGCCUUGCUCAGGACAGUUACCUUUGUCCUGGGGGCCUUCAUCAUCUGCUGGCUGCCUGCCUUCACCAUCCUCCUGAUAGACACUUCAUGCGCCAGGAAGUCUUGUCCUAUCCUUUACCAGUCAAAGUAUUUCUUUGCCUUUGCUACCCUCAAUUCAGCCAUUAACCCCCUCAUUUAUACCCUCCGCAGCAAAGACAUGAGGAAGGAGUUCCUAAGGGUGCUCUGUUGCUGGGGGAUGAUGGGGCAGGGAAAGCCAGCAGAGCGUUGCAUGAUCCCUCUCCGCAGUUCCAGUUCCUUGGAGCGGUGCACUCCAAAACAGGAUCUUCCCACUUUACCUUUCAUGAAGGAACAUUCCACGUUUGUGUGAAAAAAGGACACCUGGAAAGGGACUGUGGAACAGCCAGGCAAUGGCAAAGGAUGGUGGGUGGGAUUGGGCCCAAGAAAGCGGUACAAACCUGAUGAAUAUAUUGUCCUGGUGGUCAAAUCAACCUGCCUUGGACUUACACGGAGGUAUCCAUUUGUUCACUAAGACCUGCACAGUAUUAUGAUUUUAUGUUAGGAGUGUGUGUGUGUGAGAGAGAGACAGAGUGAUUGGCUGCUGAAUGAUGGAGUGACAUGAAGCGGGGAGGGUGGGUAGCUGCCUGCGCUACCUAGACUCCGAUUUGGUACGAUUCUCCUCUUCUCUAAAAGUUGCUCUUGCCUGUGUUGCCCUUGCCCUUGCCACUAUUAUUGUUGUUGUUGUUGUUGUUAUUUUGGCCCUGCAUCUUGGAGCCAUUCAUCCUCCUCUUUGCACAAAACAUUCACCCACUCUUCCCUGGGAAGCAAUUGGUUGCUCGGAUCAGUUAGGCCGUUUGCACGUUUAGUCGAUUUAAACCAGUCUUCAAUCUGAGGCACACAAGACUACAAGGGCUCAUAAUCCCAAACCCCUUGAACCCUGGGUUACCUGUCUAGAGGUAGUCCUUGACUUACAACCAUUCAUUUGGUGACUGUUCAAAGUUAAC